GGCCCGUAGCUGGGCGCAGAGCCACACGCACAACGCAAUGCAGGUCCUCGCGCUCGUCGUCGGGGCGGCGCUGGUGGCGGCAUGGGGCGCCACGGGUCUUCCAGUGCAGGAGGCGCGGGGGCUCCGCGCGGACGUCUGCGACGCCGUGGACUGCUCCAGGGGCCCGAGGAGGCAACUCAUCCCCGGAAACCUGGAGGAGUGCGAGAGCGGCCAUUACUGCCAGUGUGACAACGGCAGGGCGCAGCGCAUCAAGUGCCCCUUCAUCUGGUUCGUGAAGCGGUACUUGAACCCGGACACCCAGGACUGCGAGCUCGGCUUCGACUGCAGAGACUGGAUGAACAAGCACCCUCCGACAACGGCGCCACCCCCCACGACAGAGCCCACCACAGAGCCUACGACAGGGCCAACAACAUUGCCCACGACAGAGCCAACGACAGAGCCCACACCAGAGCCCACGACAGUGCCCACGUCAGAGCCAACAACUGAGCCGACAACUGAGCCGACUUUGCCCACAACAGUGCCCACGACAGUGCCCACGACAAUGCCCACGACCGUGCCCACGACAGAGCCCACGACAGAGCCAACGACAGCGCCCACGACAGAGCCCACGACAGUGCCCACGACAGCGCCCACGACAGUGCCCACGACUGAGCCGACAACUGACCCAACGACAGUGUACACAACAAAGCCCACGACAGAGCCCACGACAGAGCCCACAACUGAGCCCACGACAGUGCCCACGACAGAGCCAACGACUGAGCCCACCACAGAGCCCACCACAGAGCCUACGACAGAGCCAACAACAGAGCCCGCGACAGAUCCAACAACAUUGCCCACGACAGAGCCAACGACAGAGCCCACAUCAGAGCCCACGACAGUGCCCACGACAGAGCCAACGACAGAGCCCACGACAGAGCCCACGACAGAGCCAACGACAGAGCCAACGACAGAGCCAAUGACAGAGCCAACGACAGAGCCAACGACAGAGCCAACGACAGAGCCAACGACUGAGCCGCCAACUGAGCCGACUGUGCCCACAACAGUGCCCACGACAGUGCCCACGAGAGUGCCCACGACAGUGCCCACGACAGAGCCGACAACUGACCCAACGACAGUGUACACAACAGAGCCCACGACAGAGCCCACGACAGAGCCCACAACUGAGCCCACGAGAGUGCCCACGACAGUGCCCACGACAGAGCCCACGACAGAGCCAACGACAGCGCCCACAUCAGAGCCCACGACAGCGCCCACGACAGAGCCCAUGACAGUGCCUACGACUGAGCGAACCACUGAGCCGACAACUGACCCAACGACAGUGCAAACAACAGAGCCCACGACAGUGCCCACGACUCAAAGAACGACUGAGCCGACAAAUGAGCCAACGACAGUGCCCACAACAGAGCCAACGACAGAGUCCACGACAGUGCCCCCGACUGUGCCAACGACUGAUCCGACAACUGAGGCAACGACAGUGCCCACGACAGAACCGACACGGACAGAGCCAACGAUAGGGUCAACGACUGAGGCAACGAUAGAACCCACGACAGUGUCUACGACAGAGGCAACGAAUGAUCCGACUACAGUGCCCACGACUGUGCCUCCGACUGAGCCAACUACUGAGCCAACGGCAGUGCCUACGACUGAGACAACGACUGAGCCAAUGACGAAGGCAACAACGGAGCCGACGACUGAGCCAACAACAGUGCCAACGACUGAUCCUACUACAGUGCCGACGACAGUGACCACGACAGUGGCCACGACAGAGCCUACUUCAGUUUCCACAACAGAGCCAACGACGGACCCGACAGUAUCCACGAUAGAGCCAACGACCGAUCCAACUGCAGUGCCGACGACAGAGCCAACUACAGUGCCCUCGACAGAGCCACCGACUGAGCCAACGACUGAGCCAAUAACGGUGUCCACGACAGAACCAACUACAGAGUUCACAACGGAGCUACCGACAGCACCUACGACCGAGCAAACUGAGCCCACAACUGGGCAAACAACAGUUUUCACUUUGUCCUCGACUGAGGCCACGAUAGAGCCAACUACAGAGGGUACCACUGAGCCCGCGACAGUGACAGUCUCCGACACUGCCCCCACGACUGAAUCUACGGCCGUCUCUACGUCAAAGUCAACGUCCGAGUCUUCUACGGAGCCUUCUACGGAACUGACAACGACGCAUGCAACUGCACCAACCACUGAAACACUGUCCACUGAGGCAACAACCGAGGCCACCGAAGCACACCCUACUAGUCUCACGAGUACACCCACAGCCGUGGAAACGACCUACCCCACUGAACCCUUUACUGAAAGCUCAACUUUAACCAGCACGACGCCCGUGCCGCCUGAUUCGACCACAGCUGACUUAUCUUCGGAAGCGCCCGCGUCAACAAGUGGCCUACACUCGACGUCCACGUCGCGUCCAGAAUCUUCGACGACCCCCUCGAAGCCCACAGCGUCUCCUAGCUGGUGCACUGACGCCGUGGAGGACCUGAUGAUGCCCGACCCCGCCGACUGCAGCAGAUACAUCCGCUGCUCACACGGCCGGUCCUGGAACAUGCCCUGCGCGCCGGGGACCUGGUUCAGCUUCGCUAGCCAGGGCUGCGUCUUCCCCUGGCAGUCUGACUGCCACCAGAAACAAUAAUCGCAAUUCGCUUUAUUCUUAUCUUAAGUUGCCUAAAGUCGCCUCUGACAUUUUAACAAAUGAAUCAAACUGUUCGAGAUUGCAUUAUUUAUCAGUAGAGCACCUGAUUCGCGUCGUUUGCUGAUUAAAAGAUUAACCGGGCUGAGAGUCACAUUCCUCCCACAUACUUUCGAUAAGACCUCGGAGCCUGAUUUUGCAUAGCUUAGCAGUGUCUACUGACUCUUCGUCGGGAAAGGACCUCGGAACCAGCCAUGAAAGUCCUCCAGGCUGUGACAAUCGCGAUGGCGGUGGCCACCCUGUGUCUGCUCCAGGCACUGCAGACAGAGGCCAGGGAUAUCCGUCAGGGCGGACACCAAGUGUUCCUGCGACCCCCAGGGCCCCGCCUACCAGCUCCUGCGCGGGGACAACCAGGUCCACAAUUGCG